CAACCCCCAUUCACGUGGCGCCUCUCAACCUUCCCGUCCGUCGUCCACCGCCGUCGACCGUCUAAAGUCCACCCCCAAACUCGCAUGUGCCCCAGACAAACCCAUCCUCAAACGCCGUACGCCUCCUCUUACUACGCACCCUCUUCUUACUCAUACUCUUACUCGCACUCCUACCACACCCCGUACCCUUACUCUCACCCUUACUCCUCUUACUCCUACUCCUACUCCGCCAUCAUAUAACAUCCGGGACACGUCGCACAUCCACCCCCACAUCCUCCCUCCCCUUUCCUCCCAACUCCUCCACCCACACCCACGAUCAUGACAUCGACCCUUCCUCCGGAUCCUUAUGCUGCCCUGGGUGUCCCCAAGGAUGCUACCUCUGCUACCAUAAAGUCCACAUACCGGAAGCUCGUCCUCAAGUGCCAUCCGGACAAGGUCACCGACCCUACCCUCAAACUACAGAAACAGGAAGAGUUCCACAAGAUCCAACAGGCCUACGAACUCAUCGGAGACGACGAGAAGAGACAGACCUACGAUGCAGAGGUCAGGCUAGAGCAGCUACGGAAAGAGAAGGCCGCCAGAGGUGGUCCUGACCCGCGAACCGCCCGCUACGAAACUCGAACGGCUGCACCCGCAGGCGCCGCCACCUACACGACUUCAACACAACCCCGCUACGAGGAGCGCAGGCCAUCAAGAUACGAUGACGACCGUUUCUACGAAGACCGAUCGCGAGGAAGGUACGAGACCUACGAGUCGCAUCCCAAGUACAGCAGCAGCUCAUCGCGACCGACCCGAACCGAACGGGAGCCCGCAAAACCCUCCAAGUCCGCCACGGACCGCACCAGAGCCGACCACAAGAAGAACCGCGACAAGGAACACCGUCGCAACCAGUUCGAUAAGUUCAAGGACCAUCCGGGCGACGAGUCGUCGUCUGCCGACGAGAAGAUGCGCUACGAGAAGGAGUUUCGUCGACGAAGCGACGACGCCCGCAAGGCCGAAGCGGAAGAGGCAGAGAGGAAACAGUUCGCCGAGGCUCGCAGGAAGGCAGAGACGCGCCGUUCCUACGAAGAGACCAAGGAGCCUCGCCGGCAACGAAGCGACGAGCUAGAGACCGACCCUCAGCGCAAGAUGGAGGCCGGUCUAGGAGAUGCCGUUCGCUACAUCUUCAGCUCACGCAACACUCACGAUCGCCCCUCGCCCGGUCGCACCGGCUCUUCGCGCGACGUUCCGCGUGAGAGCUACGAGGGCCGAACCCGAAGAGAUCGCGACCGUCCCGAGCCCGUCCGCCGCUCGUCAGCUCGCCCAAGGGAUCGAACCGAUGCGUCUGGUAGAGAACGCAUCAUCGUUGACUGGGACGAGAGGUCCCCUCCGUCCUUCAAGCACUCCAGUUCUUCACCAGCGGAUCUUCACGUGCCACAGCCACCGCCACCCCAGCGAUCCUACACGGAAUCGUCUCGCGAACACCGUCGCACAGAGACGUCCCCUACGCCCAAGCUCCGACGUCACGAGACAAUGCCCGCUUCCCAUUCUGCUUCACGCAGGAAGGAGGAAUUUGUUUCUCGUCCUUCAGGAUUGCGUGCCUCGGAGUCGGCAACUCCCCAAUCGGGAAGCCCGCCUGACCAUGCUUUCCCAACCAUACCCCAGCCUACUUCAGCCACCAAGAAGUACUACUAUCCGACCUCUGGCGGAGGUGGCGUAACUCUGCAUCCCGACGAUGUCAAGGUGGCGAAUGGGCAUCGCACUGUUCUCCAUGAGCCCAACAGGCGAACACGCUCUCCUUCGCCACUGCGUCCAGGCCUGUCGCGUCCUCCCAUGGGCGAGCACAGGCCAAGGGAGUCGAGCUCGGCUCAAUACACGACAGCUCCGCCUCGUGCACCACAGCUCUCCCGCGCUGCCACUCUCAAUGUGGCUGAUAUGGAACGUGGAAGGCCGCGACUGUUCAAUGAAGUAACCCCCGAGUAUGCUCGCCGACCAGAGAACCACCGCAAAAACAGCUACUCCCCCGACAAAGUGUCGUAUUCCAAAAAGUAUGAUCUCAAAGACGUCAGCUACGCCUCAAGAGACCAUCCCAAGCGCAGUUACUCAAAAGAGCGCGGCGAGUAUCCCCGACCGGGCGUGACCAGACACGCCACGGUUGGUGUUUUCUAGACACAAGACCACUAUUUUUCCAUCUUGCUUUUGACUCAGAUCCCAUUUUCGAGGAUCCAGGUGUUUUACGGAACGGGGGAUUGUUUACAUGUGUUCCAGUUUCCUUUCCUGCAUUGAUUGGUAUCGCUUUUGAUCGAUUCCACGAGAUACCCCAGACUCUCGACCAAUCUGGAGUUAUUCGGAUUCGGCGUUUGAGUGAAUUCUUUUUCUCUUUCUUCUUUUCUUCAUUCAUGCAUUAGGGCACUCUUUCAUGAGUCCCUAUACAUUUUUUCCUAUACCAUUCUUAUAGUCUCAACAGCAACAGCAGCACCAGCAGCAGAAGCAACAUCAACGACCCAUGAAUUACUACAACGAAAACUUUAACGGCCGCAACUCAUCCCCCUCCCAUCCCGACCCAAGAGCGACUUCGAUGUCAAUCGCGACGUCUCGCUACGGUCAUCGCAGGAGAGUGCGCGCGAUC